CAGAAACGGUGGAUCAUGGCCGCUGACGGGGUGCAGGAGAAGGUUUUAAAGCUGCAGUCUCGUUUGUCAGCGACCCAGGAACCUAAGAAGCUCCUGAAGACCUUAAAGCGGUUGAAUGAACUUCCUGUCACUGUGGAUAUUCUUGCAGAUACAGGGAUAGGGAAAACAGUCAAUGGAUUCAGGAAGCAUGACGUGAUUGGAGAAAGUGCUAAGAACCUAGUCUCAAAGUGGAAGAAGCUUGUACCCCAGGAAGUAGAACGGUCCACCAAUACACUAGAGGAGAGGGAAUUUACUUAUAAUAAAGGGGUCUCAAAAAAAAGGCACAGGGAGCCUUCUCCAGAAGAUUAUAGACAGACAUUCCAGACCCCCCAUGGAGAGUCCUAUGAAUCAAACUAUGAACAUGUUCCUGUGAAAGGGAAACACUCACUUGAGACUGAGAAAUCUUACACAUACAGUAGUCACGGCUAUCAGUCAAAAUCCCAUUCUAAAGAGCAUGUGGAGAGAUGGACUAAAUCUCCUCCUGUGGAGGAUUAUGGUAAUAAAAUUGAUUCAUCUGAUGAAGAUGCUGAGCAAACUAUGCAGCCUUUUAAAAGCUUCCAUAAAACUCACCAGGACCAUCACAGCUCGCGAGCAGAAGUGGGCACGGGUCGUGACAAGGAUCACAAAUCUUCACACAAAGAAAAGCAGCAUUCAGUUCUAAAAGGCGAAGAAAAGUAUAAAUUAUCCUCUCUCCAAAUGCAAGAUAAAACAGACAAAUCUUGCUCAAAAGAACAAUAUAAUCACAGGGACCAAGGGGAUUAUACUUCAGUAAGUUCCAGUCAUAAGAAACCUCGAUUACAAACUGAGGAGAAUUUUGAUGACAGAAAAUAUAAGCAUAGAGGCUCAGAUAAGCAGAAGUUUGAUCAUGAUGAGCAGAGAAGUACAUUGGACAAGCCCAAAGAAAAACCCACAUCGAGUAAACCAAAAGAAGAGGUGGAAUCAAAAAAAUCAAAGUCUGCAGAAAAAAAUCAGUCUGCUUCUUUCCAGAAGGACUCUACUGAUGCUGCAGUUGCCGAUGAAUUUGAAGAACCAACAAUGUCAUUUGAAUCUUACCUUAGCUAUGACCAACCACAAAAAAGAAAGAAAAAGAUAAGCAAGCCUGCUUCUGGGAAGGUUAAAGAGACUCAGCAAUUAAAAUCUAGAGGGUCAGAUAAAUCUACUUCAAAAUUAGGUUCUAAAGGCUCAAGCUCGUCCUACGGAGAACAGAAUGUUGAAGAAAAGAAGAAAGCUAAAAGGCGUCCUGAGGAUGUGCCUCAUGUCAAAUCCAAAAAGAUGAUGAUUGAUGUGGUACCAGUCUUACCAGAUAUUCCAUUGCCAAAUAUCCAGCCCAACUACCGACCCCUCCCUUCCAUGGAUUUGACACCAUUAUCUCCACCCAAAAGGAAAGCUGUGUCUAUUCUGUCUGAGGAAGAUCUGGGAUUUACUGGUCGCCGUUUUAACUCAAAGAUGCAAGUGUACUCUGGAUCAAAGAUUGUUUAUCUCCCAAAGAUGAUGUCGUUAUUUGAACAGUGUAUUCGAGUUCUUCAAAAUAACGUGGACUCUAUUCAUGAAGUUGGAGGAGUGCCGUUUGAAAUCUUGGAGCCUGUGCUAGAGCGGUGUACUCCUGAUCAACUGUAUCGUAUCGAGAACUGCAAUCCAACAUUUGUUGAAGAGACUGAUCAUCUGUGGUUGAGGCACUGUAAGAGAGACUUUAAGAACCAGGACCGACAAGAGUUUGAGUCAUGGCGUGAAAUGUACCUACGUCUCCAUGAUGAACGAGAACAGAAGCUGCGUGCGAUAACUCAAAGUAUUAGUUCAGCUCAUGCCAGCAAACCUAAAGGCCGUCAGGCAAAGCUGGCCUUCCUAAACACGGAGGUUAAACCACCGAGAGAUGUAAGGCGCAGGCAGGAGAAGCAUGGGACUGGAAUGUCUGUUCCGGCACCCCUAAGGAUAAAGGUGCAGAGUCAAAUAGGAAACAGUAGCAGUGGGGGAGGAAACCAGUCCUUUGAUGGUCCAGGGCCUAGUUCCAGCCAUGGCUCCUCAGCAUCAAGUGUGGCAAUUCCCAACAGUGGAGGAGGAAUCCAUGAAUCAAAGAAACAAGUCAAAAAAAUUGCACCAAUGAUGGCAAAAACAAUAAAAUUUUUCAAGAACCGUUUUAGUCGAAGGUAAAUUGAAUGGGCGAAAGAUGGACAGAACAGUGACAUCACCAGCUCCUUAAAGUGCUGUAUCAACUGUCCCAUUCUGAUCCAUUUUGUGCUCGAAAACACAAGGGUACAAUUUGCAAUACCAAGAACUCAAAAGACAGUAUGUGUGCUUGAGAUGAUGCCGAGAAUUACAUCUUAUUUUUUAAAAAUAUUUUAUCAUUCUACAUUUUAGAAGCAGAAAUGUAAGCUCUUCUCAUUAGAGCAUUGAGUGUACUUUUAUUUUAGGAUGUUCAUGUAUAAACAACACUUGGGCCAGCCUUGUUGCACAAAUUGAAUCACUAUUUUUAAAAAGAAAAUCCCAUUACGUUUUAAAAUUUUUUGUCUUCACAAAGUGAAGUUAGUUUUAAUGGCAGCAGAUUUCAGGCCCAGUCAACAUCAAUGUUACAGUAUUGGCGUUAAAAUGUUCUUUCCCUUUUGUUCUUUCAUAUCAUCUUUUACUGUUGUGCCAAUCUUUUUGUUCUCAUGCUAGUAUUUUGAACCAGUUGUUCCAUUGGGUAGAAUGAAAUAGGUCAUAAAUUACAUUGACACUGUGGAUAAAGGAAUGCAGUCACAGAAAUAAUUAGUGCCAUUUUGACUUUUUUUUUCUGUGGUAACAUGAUUUUUUUUGCUAAUAAAGUCCUUGUACUGUAAGUAAAUAUGUGACAUUGACAAGUAUGUUGGUUAUUUUCUUGGGGCUUUGUCCAGAAAAUGAUCAUGGAUUUUUAUUUUGGAUUUGGGUAUUUUAUGUUUUGUGGAUGUGGAGGGAAGCAUAUAAAAUGAUAAGACAAUUUAUUAAUUUGCUGGUAUUUGCUAAGACAAAGCUUCAGGAUUUCACCAUUCGUUUCAGUGAAUGUUUAUCUUGGCAUUAGGAUGGCUAUAUUUUCUCUAGGUCUAUUUGGGAUUAUUUAAGUUGCCCAUUUCACCGACAACAGGAUUGAUGUGAUUCAUUAAAAGCACUAAUGUUAAUUCUGAAGUGACACAAUUUUUUUAAAAUGUUGCUUUAUCUUUGACAACUAUAAGUUGAUUCAUAUUCUGCAGGCAGAUUCCCGCCCAUGGAAUCAUACCAAUAACACUAAAUUUUUUCAUUUGUUGUGGGCAUAGGAGGGUGGAGAGUGGAAAUUGCCUAUCUCACUUGCAGGUUACACAGAUGAAAGUCCUGGUCUGUUCAGUAAAAUUUGCCUGGAUGUGCAUUUUGAUUAAUGCUGUUGACAUAAUUUUGUUAAGCAGUGCGACGCACACAAAAUGCUGGAGGAACUCAGCAGGCCAGGCAGCAUCUUAUGGGAAAGAAUAAACAGUCAAUAUUUGAUGAAGAAGUCCUGAUGAAGGAUCUCGGCCCGAGACAUUGACUGUUCACUCUUUUCCAUAGAUGCUGCCUGGCCUGCUGAGUUCCUCCAGAAUCUUGUGUGUGUUGCUUUGGAUUUCCCUCAUCUGCAGACUUUCUCAUGUUUGUUAAGCAGUGUGUGUCUUUGUAAAUGCACUGUGAAUUGAUCUAGGUCAAACCCAAUUACAAGACACAGUUACCCGGCAGAGGUCAUCACGAAUAUGUUGAAAACAGAGUUUCAGAUCCUACACCGAUAUGGUGCUAUUUUAGUGGGUGCAUUAUGUGAGAGGAAGAUGAUAUGAAAUAAAUAUGAGAUAGAUAUUUAAAGAGGAAAUAUAAACAUUUAUUUUGAGGGGAUGUGAACAAAUAUUUAACAAUGUUAUAAAGAACCAUUAAUAUACCAUGGAAUGAAUGUAUUUAUUGUACAUUGUAUGUAGAAUCUCAAACAGCCAGUUUAGAUUAUGCAAUUACAGUUAUGGCAAUGAUGCCUAAUUGAACUAUGAACUUCAUCACAUAUGUGCUAAAAAGACAGUUAUUAAAAAAUCAGAUCUGAGGCUCAAGUUGCAUCUGUUUUUUAAAAAAAGUAUAAAAUGUAACCGUGUGUUUAAUUGGAUGGGCACAGUGUUUUCCAGGAAUGGAUUCAGAUGACUAUUGUAAAUGAUUUGAGUUUGUUUCAUGGAUAUAUGAUGUCUUUUAAAGCUACUCAAGGUUACUAUUUUGAAUCUGGGUGUCCUUUAUUUUUACAUAAUAUCCUCGACAAUGUAACUUUUAUAUCUUUAAAUCCUCUCUUCCAUGUAUUAUUCAUUCAUUCCCAACCAGGUAUGUAGCUGUUUCUAGUUCUGAAAAUAUAAAUCUAACUACUGAAAAGUGCACUACUUUGUUAACAUGCUUCUAUUCUAGUGUAUCUUCUUGGCAGGUAGAUUACUCUGCCUGACAUGUACCCCACUGCCAAUAUGACUAAGAUUAGAAGGUUGCUUUAUGGAAAGUCACAGAUUCAGUGGCAAUUUGACCCACCCUGUCUCGACUAGGCAAAAUGAGCUAUUUAAGCUAUUCCCACAUCAAAGAUCUUGCCCUGUGGUCUUAUGGUAUGCAUUUCAUAUUCACCCAGGAACUUGCAAAAAGUGGCAGAUUUCAGUUACUAUCACUCAUUCAAAUUGUAAUUCGAGACUCCUGCCACCCUCAAAGUUUAUUCCCUCAUUCCCCUGUAUUUCUACUAGUUAAUUUGAUUCAUCAUCCUGUAGGCAUUGACCUCUCUAUUGAGGGAAAUGGGUUCUUCCUGUUCAAUAUGUCAAGCCCUUUCAAUUUUAACCACUGUCAGCUGGGAAGAAGGCUUUGGCAUGAUGUUCUGGUAUUAUAUUGCUUCCUUAGAGUUGAUAUUUAAAGCAUUUCACUUAUUUCAUUUGACAGCAAUUUUUAGAGUGCUGGUGCUGGAUAUUUUAAAGUAAACAACUGGGAGAACACAUGUUGGAUGAUUUGUUUCUACAGUAGAAUAGUUAUUACCAAUGCUCAUGCUUGUCCGUCCACACCGUACGUAGAAACCAGUAGCAGCAUUUCCACUAAAUAGAAUGAAAACUAAUCUUUAUUUUAAAAAUAUGAUAGUACACUUAAGAAAUACUGAAAUUUCUGAACUGCUCCUCCUCCUCAAAAAGAAAAUUUCUACAUUUCUUUGUGUUGUCAUCAUGAUAUAAGUCUGAUUGGAAGAAUUGUGACACUUUGGCAUCUCAGCUCCAGGUUAUGUGACACUUUUCAUAAAUUACAAGUAUUGUAUUCUCAUAAAAUAAAUGAAAAAGGAUAUUGAAAUGUACAUAGUUGGCAUUAAACUACAGGAAGUUAAAGUGUAAAUAUGGGAUUACAGGUUAUUCAAGUCUUUUUUUAUAGCACAUUGUCACCAAGUACUUCUGUUAAUUUACUUUCAAAGGGUCUGUUAUAUGUUAAUUCAUGUCCCUUAAAAUAGGAUGUUAUAUUACCAGCCAAUUCGAUAAAUUUUAGUUUCCUCUGUUAUUGGAGAAUGUCUUCAUCAAAAAUUGACUCCUGCUUUCCUGAUUUUAAUUACUUGUCCACCUCUUGUAUCUGCGAAGCACCUUGCGUUUUAUCUAAGUAGACAUUGUAUACCUAAGGUAAAGGUGUACAUUGCAAACUUCAACAAUGAGCAAUUUUUUUUCACUAUUGUUUCAGAGGUAAGGACUACAGUGACUGAACUCAGGUAUUGUCAACCAAAUAUCUGCAAAUGGAUGCAAUGUGGUGGGAUUGUUUAGGAGGGAAAACAACCUAAAGAAAAAAUAGAGUAUUAUUGCAGGAGGCUGGUCAAGUAAUAUUCUUCCUUUAACUGUACACCAAAUGGUACUUGGUGUUAAAUAUAUAUUAAGUAUAAUAUUGGACCAAAUAAACCUUUAUUUUAAAUGUCUUACAUGUGUUUUACAAAGAAAUAUCAUAACAUUAGAAAUUAUGAUUGUUACGAAGCUGUUUUUUCCAAUAUUAAUUUAGUCUAAUACUAAUUAAACUUUUGGGUUACAAUGGAUUAGAGAUGUAUGGGUAAUAAUUUUCUUUUAUCUGGUCACAACAAAGUAAAAAGAUCAAAUCUGGUCACAGACAUGUUUUAAUUUCAUCUGAUUUAACAUGACUCUUGUGUUCCUUUACUUUUUGUUUUGGGCUGUAGGGUAACCUUUAAGUGUACUGUGAGAAGUGAACUGGACAAUGUCAGACCCUAAUUGUUUUGAUUCUGAGAACUGAAUAUCUUUCUGAGUUUCUAUGCUGAAGUUUAUUUAAAUUGCCUUUUUCAAUAGUAUCUAAAAUUUAAAUAUUACCAAAAUUUACUUUGGAGAAUUUCCAAGAACAUCACUUAACUCAUAAUUUGUUUAAACCUAAAAUAGUACUCUGGACAAGAUCUCUAAAGUGUAUUUACGUGAAAGUAAUUUUAACAAUAUAUUAUAAUUUUUGAAUACACUGAAAAUUAAAUUAGUUGGUUUCUGAAUUUUCUGAACAGAACUCUUCCAAACUGGAUGUUUGUUCUUUAAAAAAUAUUCAGUUAGGACUAAUCUAGAAACUCCCAGCUGGGGCUUGUGAAUAAAACUUGUGUCUGAAUAGGACAUUUGAUGUAUUGAGGAGGAUAGUAUAGUUACUUUGGAACAAGUAGGAUUUUCACUUCCCUACAGCUACAAUGUCUGCAGGGCUAAGACAUGGAAUUUUCACCGGUGCAUUUGGGACAAACUAAAAUUCAUCAACAAAUUUAUCAAUACAGCAAAAGAGUCUGAAAGAUUUGAGAACCAAUUCUUGUAACAUUGUUGGCACAUUAGAUUAUUUUGCUUAGGGCUUAAAUUUUUGCUUUUUUCAGUGUGGCUGAAGAUUUCAUAGAUAAAUAUGUACAAAGCUUCCUUUCAGUUUGAUUUUCAUUGUAUAUUCAUACACAGUGGUUUAUGGUGGUUCUGAGUAAAGAAACAUGUAUAUUCUGAGUUUUUUCUUGUUAAAUUAUCAAUG